GUGUGUUGCCUACGCGCGGCAAAGGCGAGAGAAGAUGGCGGACGGGAAGGGAGAGUCCCGAGCGGGGCUAGCCAACGGCGGGAUGCCGCCGCCUCCCUCCACCCCUCCGCUCCCCCACCGCUUCGUGGAGACCCUGCGGGCUCUGGAGGACCGACUGAGGGAGGACGAGGUGUCCGUGCUCACCUCCGCCAUGUACUGCGGGAGCACUUGCGAGAUAUUACUGCAGCACACAGAGGAUCUUAUAGCAUCAGAAAAUGUAAUGCUGUGUGCAGACAUCUAUGGAACUGCUCUGAGAAGCUUUGCUAAUGCUCGACCGUACCUCACCACUGAAUGUGAAGAUGUUUUACUGCUUCUUGGGAGGCUUGUAUUGAGUUGUUUUGAGGUGGUGCUUUCAAUGACUGAAGAUGAUUUUUCCUGUGAUCCUGGUGUAAAAUUUAAAAAGUCUGUUAUGGAAUCCCAUGAUAUAUUGGUUGAAUUUGGAAAUAACAAUUUGCAGUUGUUGGUUGAUAUUGUUAAGAAUGGAGGAGCGUGGAAAAACCCUGUUCUUGUUAAAAUAUUGUCUCAACAAUCUAUACAACCUGAAGAAGUUCAGAAAUGGAUUUCACAAGAAGGGUCCUGUUUUCUACAGAUGCGUGCAAAACAUUUGAUGAAGUCAAACUGCAUACAGCAAGCAAUGAUCUUGUCAAAACUCUGUUCUGAAUCUGCAGACAUUUCAAACAAUUUAUUUUUCCGUCAAACAUUUAUCACUUGUUUGUGUACAAUGUUGCCAGAUGAAGAUGCUUUUAAAGAGAUUUCAACGAUGGAGGGGAAGGAGGUUUUAGAUACCAUAUGUAAUCUGGAAUCAGAAGGACAAGACAACACAGCAUUUAUUUUGUGUACUACAUAUCUUACUCAGCAGCUACAAAAUGAAAUAACAUCUUGCUCUUGGGAACUGACUCUGUUCUGGAGCAAGUUACAGAGGAGAAUUGAUACAUCUAUGAAUACCUUUCUGGAAAGAUGUAGGCAGUUCGGCUUGAUUGCCAAAACACUUCAGCAUCUUUUCUUCCUUAUUAAAGUUGUACAUACAGAAGCUGGUGAUGCUGGUGUUCCUGUUUCUAUCAUGUUAUGCAUACGAGCACUUCAGAUUCAGUCAGUUGAAACGGAUGCCACAAAGAUUUCUGUGUGCAAAACUAUUGCUUGUCUUUUACCACAAGACCUGGAGGUCAGAAGAGCCUGCCAGCUCACUGAAUUUUUAUUUGAGCCAACCCUUGAAGGUCUUAAUAUACUGGAAGAGCUUUUUCAGCAGCCAGAUCAAAAGAAUGAAGAAGAAUCCAGUAUUAUUUCAAAUUCUCUUCGUUGUGAACUUCUGCUGGCUUUGAAAAGUCAUUGGGUGUUUGAUCCUGAAUUCUGGGACUGGAAAACCUUAAAAAGACAUUGCCUUAAAAUUCUAGGGAAAGAGGUUUCCGACACAGAGGAAGAAGAAAACUAUGGGGAAUCUUCUGCUAAUGAGCCAGAUAUUUUAAGUUCCACUUUGGCCAAUUAUGAAGAGAGUGCUGAGCAAACCCAAGAAUCUUUAGAAGUUAACAAUGAAAUUGAGAAUGUUAAAGUGAGAAAACCAGUUGGAUCAUCUGAACGAUAUAAACGAUGGCUUCAGUAUAAAUUUUACUGUAUUAUUUGCAAAAGAGAAGUAAUUGAGGCAAGAAUUCUACAUCAUGCUAAAAUGCACUUAAAGGAUGGUGUGUACACUUGUCCUGUUUGUAUCAAAAAGUUCAGGAAAAAAGAAAUUUUUGUCCCUCAUGUAAUGGAGCACAUGAAAAUGCCGAUGAGGCAUCGACCAAAAAAGAAAAAUGAACAUCUUAAUAAUCGACAUGGAAUAGACGUUGUUAAGGAGGAGUCAGAUGAUGAGGAUGGUUACAUGACAUUCAGAUCAUUACAAGAUAAAAAUUUGCAAGACAGAGAUGUUUACCCGUGUCCUGGUAGUGGCUGUUCCAGGGUUUUCAAACAGUUUAAAUAUUUAAGUAUACACCUGAAGGCUGAACACCAAAACAAUGAUGAAAAUGCAAAACACUAUUUAGACAUGAAAAAUAUGAGAGAGAAAUGUAUGUUUUGUCGACGACAUUUUAUAACUAGCUUUCAUUUGAAACAGCAUUUGAAAGUUCAUGUCGAUCCUGAGCCUUUCAUGUGUGUGUCAUUAGACUGUAAUGAAAAGUUUAAAAGCAUUAAUGAGCUCCUUCUCCACAAACAAAAACACCUUGAGUUGCAGUAUAAAUGUGAACUGAAGGGCUGUAAUCUGGUUUUUAGUGACCUAGGACUACUUUACCAUCACGAAGCUCAGCAUUUCCGGGAUGCUUCUUAUAGAUGCAAUUUUCCUGGUUGUAAAAAGUUCUAUUAUUGCAUUUCUGAACUUCGUAAACAUAAUGCCAGCCAUGGAUUACAGUCAGUAGAAGGUCAUAAUAAUGGAGCAGAUGUAUUUCAAGAAAUUAAAAGUGAAAGCCAGCUGCUACCUUGUUUUCGUGAUCCAUUGCCUUCUGUUACUAUGGAUAAGGUUUGCGUUAAUAGCCCCACAUUUGCUGAUAGGCAUUUGAUGUCAGAUAGUAUGCAGUUGGUGCCUCAAGAUCCCUGUUGCAAGCAGUUGGAUUUCAGCUCACUUUCUUACAGUCAUGGUGAACAUGUACACAACCCAGAAACCUGUUUACAUCAUGAGACAAGUUUGGAAUGCACUUGUGAAAAUGAAAAUAAAGGACAGGUCAACUUUCAAGGACUUCGUCCACCUCAAUUUAAGCAGAGUAGUGAGACUGUUGGUGAGGAAAUAGUAGGUCCGAAUACUUUAACAAACUGUACAAGCUCACAAUUUUAUAGUUUUAAUGAGGAGGCUAUAAAAACAAAUCCUGAAUAUGAAACAAAAAUAUCUUCUUGUGACACAGAUUCAGAAAAAGUAACUACUGUAAAAGAAGAGUGUACAGAGUUCCCUGUUGUGAGUGCCUUCCCUGGGCCAUCUGCCUCUGAGGACACUUUGUGUGAACUUCUAACAAGUUUGAAACAUUUGAACUUGAAAAAUUCCAAUACAUGUAUAGCAUACGCUGGAUCACAAGUGCAAGAAGAUAAAGCAAGUUCUUCAAAUAACGGUGAGACAACAAAAAUCCCUCCUUCCCAAAAAGAAAAAGUGCUAAGUCAGUAUCUUGCAAGAUUGGCAUGUAAACCAUAUUUCUGUGAACUUAAAGGUUGUAAAUAUGCCUUUGUUACAAAGGAUGCUCUCUUAUUACAUUAUGUAAAAAAACAUCAUUACACAAAGGAAAAGGCCCUUAAAUUGCAAAUGUUUCAACAUAAAUUCUCUCCAUUUGAGUGCCAUAUUUGCCAAAGAUCAUUCACAAGGAGAACCCACCUUCGUAUUCAUUAUCGAAAUAAGCAUCACAUAGUUAAAGAAAAGGUAAAUUGCAGACCAGGACGUAAAAAACUUGAUAAUCCAAUGCAAAGCUGCAUCAUGAAAGCAAGAUACACAAACUGCCUGAAAACUUUCCAGCCAAGUGAAACAAGCAGCGGAAGUCCCAUACAGAGGUCUCCUGUUCAGGAAGACUUUAACUCUGAAAUGUAUGCAGAUUCAUUGUCUGAUGAAACAGAUGCUAGCCAUGGUCUUUACUCUGGAAGUCGUGGAGAUGACUUUGAAACUACAAAGGGGAGAGGAAGCAGACGUGUUGUAGCCCAAGGAAAGUUGUGUUACAUACUAAAUAAAUAUCAUAAACCAUUUCACUGCAUCCAUAAAAGCUGCAACUCUUCAUUUACAACCCAAAGAGGCUUAGUUCGACAUUACAGGCUUGUACAUCAGUAUAGCAAAGAAUCACUGUGUUUGGAAAAAGAUAAAGAAAAAUCAAAGAGAGAGUUUGGUAAAUGUAGAAGAAUAUUUACCUGUAAAUAUAAGGAGUGUGGUAAGAGUUUCAUAUGUGCAAGAGCACUUUCGAAGCAUUAUAGAGAGUUUCAUGACCACGGUGAAAAUGAAGAUAAAGAGCUUGAAAUGUACUUUACAGAAAACCACUUGAAACCCCAAACAGACGAUGAAGAAAAGUUAAGCGAGGAAACGGAAAGCGAUGAGUCUGAAAUUUGUUGUGACGUAGAAGGCUGCAGUGCUGUGUUUACAAAUCAUAUAAAUUAUUCUCGACACAUUUUGGCCCGUCAUAGAAAAUAUAAACAUAUGGAGGGCAGGAGGAAGCGGGGUCGGCCGCCUACCCUGCGUCGUGUGCAGGAAAAGCUCAAUGAAUCAAAACCUGAACGCCGUAUGAUUUACCGUAGAAAAAAGAUAAAAGUAAAAACUAAGGCUAUGAAAAAAGAGUUUGUAGUAUUCAAAACAAAAGAGGAAGCAUUACAAAUGUGUGCUUUGAAUGUUCCUAUAACACAAUUCCCAUGUAUGGUUCAUGGAUGUGCCUCUGUAGUAAAACUAGAAAGUAGCAUUAUUCGCCAUUACAAACUCACACAUCAUCUGUCUCCUGCAUAUGUUGCCAAUCAUUUAACAGAGUUGGUUUAUUGUGUUAAAAACUUCCCUGGGUGUAUUCAAGAACAAAUUUCUUCAGAAGAGGCACACAGUCCAAGAAAGCGGGAUUGUAUUCCAGAAAGCAAAGUACCCAAACUAUAUUUGCAUGGUGAUGUACAUAGCACUUUGGAUCAAAGCGAUGGUUAUGAUAGAAGCCCCCAAAAAGGUGUUAAUUGUGAAGUCAAAGACUCUUUAAAUUACUCUCCAUGUAACUAUAACAAAACAUCACAAAGUUGCUUUGCAAAAUCAGUGUCUCCUAAAGGCAGUGAAAAAGAAAACCUGUCUUUCACACAUUUUCAGGCAGCUUGUAGAAGGGACAAAAGCGAGGUCAGUAGCCAAUUGGAUUCCUCUGCUCUCAGUUCAUCGAAGGAAGAUGAACAAUCGGCAUUUGAUUUAAAGACUUUUAAGCCUAUGGGGUUUGAGUCCUCUUUUUUAAAGUUUUUGCAGGAAAGUAAGGAAACAGAUGAUGAGUUUGAGGAUCAGUCAGAUCAGUACAAACAUCCACAUGUUUUCCAAAAUCAAAUGCUGCCCUGUAAAAAUAGAAAACGCAGUGAAGCCUGCUUGUCCCAAGGCACACGUUUAAGACAUGAGAACAUUGAGGGGUUCAGACCUUUACUUUCUAGUAGUGCUCAAUCUGCAGCGUCCGUGCUCACACUACAGAAUUUAAGGACAAUAUUGGACAAAGCAUUAACAGACUGUGGAGAUCUUGCUUUAAAACAACUCCAUUAUCAAAGACCUGUUGUUGUUCUGGAACGAUCCAAGUUCACUGCACCACUUAUAGACUUAUUUUCAAACAAAAAAACUGAUGAGUUAUGUGUUGGUUUUUCAUGAGGUCCGCACUCAGCAACAAAUGUGCCAGUAUUAAUUUAAGGUACCCAUUUAAGUGACACAGAAAGGUUAUUCGUAAAGAACAGACUUUUGUACCAUGUAGAAAUUUUGUGCAAUUAGAUGUUUCAUUUCAUGAAUGUAUUUUAUCUGUGUUCACAAUCUUUGGUUUCUCUUCCCAGCUGAGAAAAAUAAUUUGAUUUGGUGCUAGGACAUCAAUAGAAUGGGGCUUCCUUUGACAAUAAAUGUGCAUGAUUGUCCUGGGGUUCGGGAUAUGUUUUUCAUACUUGAAUGAAUAUGCACUCAAGAGUGCUCUAUGUAAUAUAUUGUACACUACAACCUCUUAUAUUUUUUGAGUUCUGUUUCAAUAAAUUGCAAACUUUCACCUGU